GAAAGGGCAGCAGCCGCACAGCACAGCAAAGCACAGCACAGCCUCGCUCUUCCCUCUGUCCGUAUUAGAAGACCGAACCAAAAGGCAAAGGGAAAGCAGCAAUUAGCAAAGCAAGUGGAGGAGGAGACGGCCAACAACUCCAAAGCAGUAGAAAGAAGACGAGGAAGAAGAACCAAACCGAGUUGCCUUCUCCGAAAGCCAAACCAAAUCCCCAUGAGGCACAAGAAGAAGAAAUCCCGGUGGGCGGCCGAACUCUCUCUCUGCCCUCCCACCUCCCCCUCCCCCUCCACCGCCGCCGCCGCUACCGCUGCCUCUUCCUCCUCCGAAUCCGACGACGGAGGUGACGAUCUCCUCACCCAACUCCCCGAUACCAUCCGUCUCCACAUCCUCACCCUUCUCCCCCUCAAGUACGCCAUCCGCACCGGCGCCCUCUCCUCCCGCUGGCGCGGCCUCUGGCGCCUCCGCUGGCCCCACCCCGCUGCUCUCCAAUUCUCCCCCUCCAGCACCGCGCUUACCGAUUCCGCUGAACAAUUCGUCUCCUCCAUCGACCGAUGCCUUUCCUUCCGCGACCGCUCCCUCCGGAUCGACUCUCUCUCCCUCGCCCUCCCUCCCGGCCGCCGCUACGACGCCGACAUCAAACGCUGGCUCGAGUACGCCUCCUGCUGCGGCGUCGAGGAUCUCCACCUUGCGGUCUCCUUCCCUUCGGCUGCUACCACCUCCGCUCGCCCUGCCCGCCGUGCUGCCCGAAGGAACGAUCGCGCCGCCGUGCCGACUGCCUUUUUCUUCUCCAUCUGCGAGUGCUCCAAUCUGUCCCGCCUCACUCUCUGCGGCCUCCACCUUGCCAGUCCCGGCGCCAAUAUCAAGCGCCUAUCCUCCCUCGAGGUUCUUAGCCUCUAUGCUACACCCGUCACCGACGCUGCCUUGAAGAGGAUUAUUGCUGCAUGCCCUCGCCUCCGCUCGCUUGAUCUUUCUUUCUGUCGGAAGCUCCGGAGAAUUGCCAUCACCGCCACCGGCAGUCCCCUCACCAGCCUUACCAUCAUCGACUGUGUAAGAGCGGUGGAGGUCACGGUCUCAGCUCCAGGCCUUAGGCGUUUUAGAUUCGCUGGAAAUUACCUCACAACCUACACGUUUGAUAACCCCAGCAGGCUUGAGGAUGUGCACAUACUCGCAGGGAUUCCCGUAUCAAGCCUUCCUCGGAGUAAUUGGGUGAAAGUGCUCUGCGGGCUCUUUAAUCUUAAGGUCUUGACCCUCUGCAAUCUCUCACUUCAGUGUGUUCCCUUGUUUUCUUUUCAGUACAUUGUUGUUGAAGGUGCAAAACUGAUGGGGGGUUUAAGGAGUUUGAGAAGCUUGAGAGAAAUUCAACUAGUGAUGGGCAUGAUGACUGAUGAAAAUCUAAUGGAUAUCUAUGGAUUCUUUAGGCUAUGUGAAUGCCCAAGGUUGGAGAAAUUGUUCAUAGAGCUUCCUACCAAUACUCGUGAUCCUUUUGUUGAGAAGUAUUUGGAGAUUUCAGAGGAGGAUCCUCCAGAGGUUGAAUUUGAGUACCUUAAGAUGAUAAAGAUCAGUAACUUCAAAGAUCACAGCAAUGAGAUGCGGUUGGUAAGAUUUUUAUUGGAGAAGGCUAGUUCUCUCGAGUCUUUUGUGGUGGUUGCUCCCAAGGAACUUGUGGGCGAUGAAUACAACAAAAGGGAUCCGAAUGCUCGUUCUGAUUUCCUGCAAUAUCUCCAGUUAAAGCUAUCAAGCAUUCAGAAGGUUCCAUUAAGAAGGCAGAUAAUAUUGAGUGAUCACGACGAUAACAAGUUCAGGCCUACACAUUGGGAUGUCUACUCAACAGUCUAAAUCCUGGCAAGGAGAGUUGUAAUAGGUUGGUGCCAGAAUUUGCUUUGUUAGUUUAUCACAAACACAUCCAUUAUACAUAGUAAAGCAAUAUGUUCACUUUCUUCAUAAAUUUAUGAUAGUGAAAAUUUCAAAUGA